GGCCUCGGGGCGGCGCGGCCGCGCUCUGGGUCGCCGAGCUUCGGGGGCGACGGCGGGGGGGCAAUGGGCAAGCGCUUGCCCAUAUGCCACUCUCCGCGCGCGCGCAAGCCUCUGCGCAGCUCAGCGGUGCUCAAGAGGCCCGCCGGCAUCCCGUACACGCCGAAGGCCCAGAUGAACCCAGUGAUCAAGCGCAACCAGAAGCGCCGCGGCCACCGACAUCAGGGGAAAAGCAAGGCCCACCCGAAUAGCCUUGUGAACCUCCUGAGCAUGGACGCGAUCGAGUUGGCGAAGAAGCUCCAGAACCUGGGCUUCAUGAAGAAGUGGGAGCGCGACGGGAAGCUCAACUACAGGUGCCCCAAGUGCCGUGGAAGUUCUGGCUAUGUAUCAGCGUGGAAAGGUUCCAUGUGGGAAUGUGGCUCUGGCAUUUCGCUGCGACAGAUCGUUGGGCUGAUCGUGUGCUUCUCCGAAGGUAUCGCGGCUACUCCAGCGUCGCAGCUGUGCGGAGUGGGCGAGAAGUCUGACUUCCGCUGGUACGGCAAGUUCAGGGCCUGCAUCGUCGCGAAGAUGGAGAAACUCCAGAAGUCGUUCGGCAAGCAGGGCGGGAAGGGCAUCGUCGUGGAGGUCGACGAAGCGUCCGUGGCGAGUGGCAGCGCAGGCCCGCCCCCCAAGAAAGGAGCGCCCGCGUUCUCGCACACGCGCAUCAUAGCUUUGCUGGUUCGCGGGCCCCGUAACAUCGUGAUCGAGCAGCUGCCCAUCAGGAAGCAGAGGUACAGGAUCAAGGGGUCGCAGAAGACGAUGAGCGGGGGGACAAUCAAGUUCGACGGCAAGAGGUUGGUGCCACCUGGCCCGCCAGCUCUGUCCAUCCCAGAGGGGAAAAAGUUCUUGACUAAGCACUUCAAGUCUGGCAUUCUUUCCAGCGACUCCGCUGCUACGUACGAUUCCCUUGUCAACAAGAGGAAGAUCUUCGGCAAUCGAGCGAAGCAGAUCGCCGUCGUUCAUGGGAAGGAAGAGUGGACGAAGAUGUUCAAUAUCGACGGGAAGAAGGUAUGGGGAGGGACGCAACACAUGGACGGCUUCUUCGGCAACUACAAGCAAUGGGCGAAACCUCGACACGUUCGUCGAUCUGAUGUGAUGCAGUACGUUCGUGAGUACCAGUACUGGUUCGUGACCAAGAAGGAGGACCGCCUGGUGGCGUUCGGGAAGGCUUGCAAGGAUUACGCCUGA